AAGGAGGGGCUGUCCUCUCCAGCCAUGUCGUAGUAGGGGCGCCCGGGAAAAUGCUUCGGGCCGGCGUCGGAGCUGCUGUUCGGCUCGCGGCUCCGGGCUGGGGGUUCCCCGGAGCUGCCGCACGCGGGAAGCGGCGCUACGCCUCCGGGCAGGAGAGCCUGAAGCAGACACCCCUCUAUGACUUUCACCGGCACCAUGGCGGGAAGAUGGUGGCCUUUGCCGGCUGGAGCCUCCCAGUGCAGUAUACACACAGCCACCUGGAGUCCCACCUGCACACCCGCCAGCACUGUUCUCUCUUUGAUGUGUCUCAUAUGCUGCAGACUAAAGUGUUUGGCAGAGAUCGGAUUAAAUUCAUAGAGAGCCUAGUAGUUGGGGACAUAGCAGAGCUGAAGCCUAAUCAGGGAACUCUGUCUCUGUUCACAAAUAAAAGAGGAGGCAUCAUGGACGACUUGAUUGUGACCAGCACCUCUGAUCAGCACCUCUAUGUGGUCUCUAAUGCAGGUUGCAGGGACAAGGAUUUUGCCCUCAUGAAGAACAAGAUGAAGGAAAUGAAAGCAGCUGACUGCGAUGUGGACUUGGAAGUGUCAGACAACGCUUUGCUUGCUCUGCAAGGUCCUGCCAUGGCCCGAGUGCUACAGGCUGGGGUGUCAGACAACCUGGCUAAGCUGCCCUUCAUGACCAGUGCAGUGAUGAGUGUCUUUGGAGUGCCAGGCUGCAGGGUCACCCGCUGCGGCUACACAGGCGAGGAUGGCGUAGAGAUCUCUGUGCCUGCAAGCCGAGCUGUGGAGCUGGCUGAGCUGCUGCUUAAGGACUCCACUGUGUGGCUGGCAGGACUUGCAGCCAGGGACAGUUUGCGCUUGGAGGCAGGUCUGUGCCUGUAUGGGAACGACAUUGAUGAGAGCACAACCCCUGUGGAAGCCAGUCUGAUAUGGACCCUUGGGAAACGCCGCCGUGCUGCCAUGGAUUUCCCCGGUGCACCAAUCAUACUGGCCCAAAUCAAAGAGAAGCCCAAAAGGAAACGUGUGGGGUUGACUUCUUCAGGGCCUCCCAUCCGGCAGCACAUGCCCAUUCUCAGUCCAGAGGGCAAGGUCAUUGGUGAGGUCACCAGUGGCUGCCCUUCCCCCUGUCUGCAGAAGAACAUCGCCAUGGGAUAUGUGGAGAGUGACUACAGCAAACUGAGCACAGCCCUCACUGUAGAAGUGAGGAAGAAGAGCUGCCCUGCUCUAGUGACCAAGAUGCCCUUUGUAGCCACCAAUUACUAUACAGUGAAAUAGGCUGCUGCUGGCAUAGGCUUUCAGUUUUGUAUUCUGGCCUGC